CGCCCCCUCCUGGCUGCACAUGUGCAGUGAUUGGUAUGAUUGACAGCACCUGUGUGGCCCCGGCUCCCCUCCACGUCUGCCUGCCGUGGAUGUGUGGAUUCUAACUCGAACAUGCUGCUUGCAAAGUGUCUUUUAUCCGCAAUUGCACUGUUGCUGGCCGGCUGCCAUGGCAACGAAAGGAGGCCAAGGCCAGGCCACGAAGGGACGGAAGACGACACGCCGAGUAGGAACUCUACCAACAUGACGCGCUUUGCGUACGGCAUAGCUGCCAACGUGGCCGCGGUGCUGCUGUACGGCAGCAACUUUGUUCCCGUCAAAAGAAUCGAGACGGGAGAUGGCAUGUUUUUCCAGUGGGUGAACUGUGCGGCCAUAUGGGUGGUGUCCAUGUUGGGAGACCUGAUGCUGCACUCUCCAAAGUUCCAUCCCUUUGCCAUGCUUGGAGGUGUCAUCUGGACUACAGGUACUGCACUAACUCCCAUGCUGAAUGUUGUCAUUUUCGCGGACUACUUAGCCGGGGACCCGUCAUUUCCCCGUUAA